AUGCUUCGAGUAGGCUCCUGGCUCUAUGGCAAAAAGCCAGUCGCCAACACACAGUCGCUGGACUCGCUGACUGAGUUGCGAGAUCUCGAGGAUGCGAUGAAGGCCGCGACGCUUAUCCUGAAUGACGAUGUUGACGGGGCUGAAGAUGGUCUCUCGGAGGGAGUUUCGUCCUUUCACAAUCUGGGCAGAGGCGUGGUCGCAUUUAUCCGGGCGACGUUAGGUUUCGAGCAGGAGGUGAUGCGCCAAGCGUCGGAACGACUCAAUGCAGCCGAGAAUAGUGCCUACAAUGAUCAGCAAAAAGCGCAGCACAACUCGCAUGCGCCGAACUCGUACCACUCGCAGAUCUAUGCGCCCGGCACCGAGUUUGCGCUCUGCCAGGCCAUGGCGCAACUGAUGAGUGCCGUGGUGGGUGUUCUCAACGAAAGUCUCACGGAGAGUAUCAAAGGUUUCUACAAGCUCCGCAAGGCGUAUAUAACCCUGGACGGGAUCUUGAAGAUGGAGCAAAAAUUCAUGCAGUUGAACCGAUCGGGCGGGACGACUCCCACCGAACUCCUGCAGUCUUCCAGCCGCGCCUCGGGUCUGGACGCAUCUGCAAACCCCGAUGCGAACUCCUCCGUCGAGGCUGCGGGACUCUCGCAGAAAUUGUCCGAUAUAAACGUGUCCAGCGAAGAGGACUCGACUACGGACGCGUCUUCGACCAAGAGUCCGGCCGACAUGCUAAGCCACGACCCGGAUUCCGACAUCUUCAAAAAUGAGAUCGACGUCUUCGUGCACUCCGGCGCUAACUUUUGCUUCGGUAUUCUCCUGUUACUGAUCUCGAUGGUUCCGCCGGCAUUUAGCAAGCUCCUCGGAAUCAUUGGGUUCCAUGGCGACAAGGAGCGAGGUCUGAGGAUGCUAUGGCAGGCCAGUAAGUUUCACAAUUUGAUUGGCGCCAUCGCUGCGUUUGCAAUUCUCGGGUACUACAACGGUUUCGUGCGUUACUGCGACAUUAUGCCUGAUCCAGUUCCGGGCGACGACGCCGACGUUCAGGGAUAUCCUCAGGAGAGGCUCGAGUCGCUCCUCGCAAAGAUGCGACAGCGAUUCCCCAAGAGCCAACUUUGGCUCCUUGAGGAAUCGCGGAUGGAAGGCGCCAACAAGAAUCUCGAGCGGGCGUUGGAGCUGCUCUGUGGCGAGGAGAAGAGUCCGCUGCAGCAGGUGGAAGCGUUGCGCGUGUUCGAACGGAGCCUGAAUGCGAUGUACCUUCACCGGUACGAGCUUUGUGCCAAGUCAUUCCUCGAGUGCGUCGAUCUCAACUCCUGGUCUCGAUCCUUGUACUAUUAUAUUGCGGGGUCGUCGCAUCUCUCUUUAUACCGGAGCAGCAGCGGAGAUGCCGAGCUGGCGGCCAAGCACGCGGAGAAGGCGACCGAGUACUACCGAAUGGCACCUCCGCUGGCAGGGAAGAAGCGGUUCAUGGCGCGCCAAUUGCCGUUCGACGUCUUCGUUACACGAAAGAUCGCCAAAUGGGAGGCUCGCGCCAAGGAUUGGAAGGUGCCGCUAGUCGACGCCGUGGGGGUCGAUCCCAUCGAGGAGAUGAUCUUCUUCUGGAACGGACACAGUCGCAUGACGACCGAGCAACUCGAGGAAUCGCUCCAGAACCUGGCCUGGUCGGAAAGCGACGCCAACAAGAAGAAUUGGUCGCGCGAAGGCCCCGAAGAGAAGGCCAUUUUACAACUGCUGCGAGCCGCCGUCUGGCGUUCGAUGCGCAAACAUGACCAGGCCCGGAAGCUGAUCCAGGACUCGGUGCUGAGCCACGACAAGACCCUGUUCACGGGCCACCUCAAGGACAACUGGGUGCAUCCUGCCGCGCACUUUGAGAUGGCCGCCAACCUGUGGAUGGAGCGACCGAACUACGUUGUCGUCCACGGCGACGGCUCGGGAAGUCCUCCCGCUGAGACCAAGGGCGAGGCGACUUCGGCGACCCCGCUGGAGAAGCAGAAGGUGCGCGAGUGCAAGGAGUAUCUCGAGAAGGCGUCUCGAUGGGAAAGCUACGAACUGGAUGCCCGAAUUGGGCUGAAGGUGACGGCUGCGAUGGAGGCGGUGCUCAAGUGGGAGAAUAUGCAUUCUUCCAGCACCAGCUGA